UUCACUGUUCUCCAGAGGACGGUGUCCAGGCCUGGGCAAACAAAACUCCUCUCCUUGUGCACUAGAGGAAGUGUCUGGUAAGAAGAGGAGCUUUCUCAUGGCAAUAAAGGGUCAUGCAUUUCAUGUAGAGUAACUCUGUUUCUUCCCUUUCGUUAUUUGCCAAAACUCUCUUACCUUCUAUUGCGGCUUUCUCCCCUGUAGAGUUAUAAAUGGUGAGUGUGAAGCAAUUUAGAGUACUUUAAAGAAGGAUUCUUAAUGAGCACACUGAUAUCCUGCAGUCACUCAGUAACAGCUGCUUGGGACUAGUCUAAUUCAGCCCUGUAUUCUGGGGUAUUCCCUACCUCCAUGUCCAGGAAUACCUCCUCUCAAGGCAUGUGGCUGUAGUAGCUCACUUGAAUGUAGAAGAAUUGUCCAGAAUGAAAAAAGAUAUACCCUUGUCUCUUGUGGCUUUGGAACACAUUGCUGUGAUGAGAUGGCACUUCCAAUUCCCCUCUUCUCACUAUGAUCCCUUUGGAUAGUCGAUAAAACCUCCUGUCCCACUGCAGCAACCCACACGCAUCUCCCCCCUUCCUGGUACUCUGCAGUUUCCCCGAGAAUGGCUCUGUACUGCGAUGACCACGGGAACCCUGUGUGCGAGGCAGAGACAGAGAAGCCGGCUGCUGAGAUCUCGUGGGUCCCACAGAGCAACUCCACACCCAGAGCAGACAGUCACAGUAACGGGACAGUGACAGUUCUCAGCAGGUUUGCAGCACAUAGCAGCGAUGGGAAGAAUCCUACCUGCAUCGUGUCCCACACAACUCUGAACGAGGCCAAGUCCAUAGACUGCUCCUCAUACCGCACUGCACGGUUUCAUCAGUGUGUCAUCAGCCUUGCUUGUCUGCUGGCCUCCUUUUUCCUUUUGGCUGUUCUUCACCUCUGCAUAUUCUGUGAUGCCAGAAAGGAGAGGAACUCAUAGAAGCCAAGGCAUAUCCAUGUGCAUAGCUGUCCAAGGCUAUUCCUAACUCAGCACCUGAGCAGAGAUGAAAGAAACUCCCUAUAUGCCUCAGUCUCAGCAAUGUGAGAUGUCACCGUGAAUCACUGUGUCAAAGCAUUCAGGCAGAUGAAGCAAACAUCCAUGAAGCAGCCAAUGUAACUGUGCAGAAAUAUGUCAUGCAGGGCAGAUCCUAGCUGAUCUUUGUCAGCUUUCUCUUUUAUCCUUUCUCUAAAGUAACCAUAGAUGUCAUCACCCAUGCAAGUAUCCUUUUUUUUUUUUCUUAAAUAAACACAAUAAGAAAGUAAUUCAUGGUAUAUAGAAGGAAGUCACUCAACUUUAAGUACAUCACAUCCUCAUAUUCAAGUAUCCUAUUUUACUGGCUCAGAAGAAAUUUUCUUGCAUACUAGCAAUAGCAACUUUCUCAAGAUGGUUAUGCAGGGACUGAAGUUAGCUUCAGUUUGAGCGGAUUUAUUAUUUUCAUUGGAAGAAUUCUGUAUUUCUGUAUAAAAAUGACCACGUAUGGAGCCAUCUACUGGAAGACUGUGUAGAGCAGUCGCUAGCGAAGGCUGAGGCCAAAAUGCUGUUGAGUACUUCUGCCUUUUCCUUGUCUGUUGUUAUCAGCCUGGCUAUAUUAUCCACUAGAGGGGGUACACCUUCCUGGACUUUUCCAGUUGAUGUACCCACAGAAGCCCUUCUUACCCUUCUUUGUGCCCCUUAACAAAUCCACUUUCAGUUGGGCCUUGGCCUUCCUGACCUCAUCCCUACACAGCCCAGCUGUUGUCACUGCCUGUGCAUUUUCUUCUUGCUCUCCAGUUUGACCAGCAGGUCCUGAUUCAGCCAUGCUGAUUUCUUGCCUUCCUUUCCUGACUUCCUACACUUGGGGAUGGAGAGCUCUUGUGCCCUCAGGAAAGCUUCUUUAAACACCUGUCAGCUCUGCUCCAUUCCCUUGUCCUUGAGAACAGAUUCCCAGAGGAUUUUGUUGACUAACUGCCUGAUGAGCUGGAAGUUGGCCUUCCAAAAUUAAACUU